AUGAAGUAUCUCAUUGUAUUAGCUGUUAUUGCCCUGGGACUAGUCACUGCUGAGAAGACAGUAGACAAGUUGCAAAUCGGAAUCAAGACUAGAGCUGAGAACUGUGAUGUGAAAUCAAGAAAGGGAGAUCUUCUUCAUAUGCACUAUACUGGAACUCUGUUGGACGGAACUGAAUUCGAUUCUAGUCGUACUCGCAAUCAAGAGUUCACUUUCACUCUAGGAAUGGGUCAGGUUAUCAAAGGUUGGGAUCAGGGUCUUAUGGGAAUGUGUGUUGGUGAACGUAGAAUUCUUACUAUUCCCCCACAUCUUGGAUACGGUGAGCGUGGUGCUCCACCAAAAAUUCCAGGAAACUCUGUUCUGAAAUUCGAUGUAGAAUUGAUGAAAAUUGAUCGCAACACCGAUCUCUAA